ACCGCGGCGAAAGCGAAACUAAAGGAACCGCGGAGAAAAGUCGCCCGUUGCGAGGAAAACAACUGGACGAGCGCGGAUGUGGGAGGAGGGCAAGGAAAGGGAAAGAAAAGAAAGGCGAGCAAAACAAAGUUGUCAUUCCUCGCAAAUGAAAGUGAUUCUUGACGCCCGGGCUCGGUAAAAGCAGCAGUUUGGACGCUCCCUUGUCAGACGACGCGAGACUCUUCUUCACGAUGGCUUACACCGUGGUUUUCUUUGAUUUGGAGACAACUGGAUUGGACACGGAAAAGUGCGACAUCGUCCAGAUCGCGGCCGUCUGCGGCACGCGAACCUUCAACGCCCACGUGGUUCCCCUCGGCGAGAUCACCAAGGAGGCCAACCGGGUCACGGGCUUCUUGGUGGCGGACGGCGUCCUCUACCGCCGCGGGACGCCCGUGGCCACCGUCCCCCUUCACCAAGCGCUGAGCUCCUUCAUCGAGUUCGUGGGCUCGUUCUGCGGGCCCGUGUACCUGGCGGCCCACAACGCCCGGCGCUUCGACGUCCCCGUCCUCAACAGGGCGCUGAGGGAGUCGUCCCUCCUGCGGGAGUUCCAGAGGUCCGUGUCCAGCUACCUGGACACUUUCCUGCUCGCCAAGUGGAUGUUCACCAACAUCCACAGCUACUCCUUGCAGUACAUGGCGCAGCGCUUCCUGGGGAAGACCUUCGACGCCCACAACGCGCUGGAGGACGCCAAGAUCCUGCAGGAGCUCUUCGGGGUGUGGAAGCCGGGCCGGAAAGCCGUGGCUAAUUCUUUGGUCUAGAGCGCUUCAAGUCAACCUUGGAGGCCACGUCAGGCCUGCCACAUCUUUUUUUUUUAUGCCUCACAAAAGCAAAAAUCAAGCGGGAUGGAUUUUGUCUUUUCACUAUGACUGAAAAUCUGCAGCAUAAUCGCAUUUUAUCUUGAGUUUUUUUUUUUUUUCUUUUUACAGAUAUGACAAGUAUUUUAUUUCCUCACCAAAUCCAUCCUUAACGCAAAUUGGACACCAGUACCGAAUUUUGAUUGUCACUAUUUUUUUUAAUGACUUUUGAGUUUGUUCAAAAAAGAAAUAUUUGGCGCAACCGUGAAAUGUAAGACAAUUGUGUAUCUGUAAUAUUAUGACAAAGUGAGUAUAUGUUUAGGCGGCAUGCUGGUAAAGCAUUGGCCUCACAGUUCUGAGGUCCCGGGUUCGAUCCCGGACCCGCCUGUGUGGAGUUUGCAAAUUCUCUCCGUUCCUGCGUGGGGUUUUCUCCGGGCACUCCGGUUUCCUCCCACGUCCCCAAAAAUAUACAACGUUAAUUGGACACUCUAAAUUGACCCUCGGUGUGAUUGUGGGUGUGGCUGUUUGUCUCAACGUGCCCUGCAAUUGGCUGGCAACCAGUUGAGGGUGUACCCCGCCUCCUGCCAGAUGACAGCUGGGAUAGGCUCCGGCACUCUCCACGACCCUCGUGAGGAUAAGCGGCAAAGAAAAUGGAUGGAUAUUUUCAAUGGCUUCUGAGUUUGUUCCCCAAAAAAAAAAAAAAACAUUUGGAGCACCCGCGAAAUCUAAGGGCAAUUGUGUAUCUGUGAUAUUAUGACAAAAGUCAAUAUUUGUUUAUGAUUUUUGCAGUCAUAACAGUGAUGUGGCUUGCAUUGAAAAUGGGUUUGAUAUUCCCGGCUCACCAAUUUUUUUUUCCAGGCUUCUGUGGACCAAAUCGAGAGCGCCAGUGUGACGCUCAAGGCUCAUGGGGCAAACAUAAUUUUUCUUUUUUUUCCCGUUUCAAAGCUAUUCAUAAUGAUGAGCAUGAUCCAAAGAAAAAAGAGGCAAUUAUGCGAACGUCGGGUAUCCCAUACUGGGGCGAGUUUGGACGAGCAGCUCCUGGCUCGUAUCCGUCCGCCGGGGUUUUGAGUGAAUGUCAAAUUUUCUGAACGCAUUUGAACAAAGUGUGGCGAGGGCUUUGAAUAUCGGCGCAGGAUUUUCUUCAAAAGAAAUAUUGUUUUAUUCAAACAAUAUUAAGUCUGCAGUUAUUUAUUUUCUUCCUAUGCUGUACCCCAACCAUUAUUGUAACACCAAGUUAUGUAUCCAACUUUGGGAUAACUGUUAAGAUCCCAGACGAUUAAAUGUGGUUUCACUGUUAGAAUUGUGCCCCCCGCCCGACCCGGGUGGGCCGCAUCCCCCAUCCACCCAACCCCGAGGUCAACCGUAACGGAGGCGCUGCCAACGCAGCUGGAGUUUUUUUUUUUGACGUCAGGAAAAUUGCGCGCUGUAAAACGACCAACGAAAGAAAACAUUUCAUACAACUAAAGAAGAGUGAAUAUAUAAAAAGCAAUGUUUAUACUCAUCUGUGGAAAAAAAAUGUUGCUGCAACAUGCACUUUUUGCAAAGAUGGUCAUUUUGUUGUUGUGUCUUGAUUUUUACCACUUCACUUUUUUUGGUCCGUACCCGGGUAAACGCGCAGAACCCGGAUUUCACCUUUCUAUAGUUUGAUAUUGCACUCUUGAUAUGUUAUGAAACAAUUAUGCUCAUAAAACGAGAUGCUUCCUUUUUGUAUUUCUUUCGCGGGAUUGACCGCAGCACUAUAUAUUUUAUGAUAUUAAAAGUCUUUUAACCAA